CGAAUCCCGCCACAAAAUAUUGAUCUACUUCUUCUUGGCCAUCUAGCGGCGAGAAAACUAGCAACACCAAAAGUCACCAAAAUGGCGCUCAAAGCGAUGGUCGGUCAAAAAAUAAUGAAUGAAGUUAUCAAGCAGAAAGGCCAAAAGAAAAACGCCAAGGAUGUGGAUUGGCGCGUGCUGGUUGUUGAUCAGCUUGCAAUGAGGAUGGUCUCCGCCUGCUGCAAGAUGCAUGACAUCUCAGCAGAAGGAAUCACCAUCGUAGAGGACAUCAACAAGAGGAGAGAACCACUGCCCACCAUGGAGGCUGUUUAUUUAAUUACUCCUACAAAGAAGUCUGUGGAGUCACUGAUGAACGAUUUUGCUAGUCCAAACCGCACGAUGUACCGCGGUGCUCAUGUUUACUUCACUGAAGCUAUUCCAAAAGAUCUUUUUCAAAUGCUCUGUAAUAGCCGGUUAGGCAAGAGGUUUGUUUUGGCUCUGGAAGAGAUAAAUUGUUGUGUCCUUCCAAUUGAGCGCCAGGUGUUCUCUCUUGAUUGUGCAGACACCUUCCAGUACCUGUACAAUCCUAACAAAUCAAGUGGACGAACAGCAAACAUGGAACGAAUGGCAGAGCAAAUCGCCACUCUUUGCGCCACACUGGGCGAAUAUCCUUCAGUGCGCUACCGAGGGGAUUUUGACAAGAACGCUGAGCUGGCCACCAUUGUUCAGCAGAAACUUGAUGCCUACAAGGCUGACGAGCCCACCAUGGGAGAGGGUCCUGAGAAGGCCCGCUCUCAGCUCCUGAUUCUGGAUCGAGGAUUUGAUUGUGUUUCUCCUCUCCUUCACGAGUUGACAUUCCAAGCUAUGGCCUACGACUUGCUGCCGAUUGAAAACGACGUCUAUAAGUAUGAAGCGUCAGCAAAUGCUCCUGAAAAGGAAGUGCUUUUAGACGAAAACGACGAAUUGUGGGUUGAUUUGCGACAUCAGCACAUCGCUGUUGUGAGCACUAGUGUAACCAAGAACCUGAAAGGCUUCACUGAAUCCAAGCGAAUGCCUUCCGGCGACAAACAAAGCAUGAAAGACCUGUCACAGAUGAUCAAAAAGAUGCCUCAGUAUCAGAAGGAGUUGUCCAAGUACUCUGUUCACCUUCAUCUGGCAGAGGACUGCAUGAAGAACUACAAGGACAACAUCGACAAGCUCUGCAAGGUGGAGCAGGAUUUGGCCAUGGGCACCGAUGCUGAGGGCGAGCGAAUCCGCGACCACAUGAAGAAUAUUGUGCCCAUUCUUCUUGACAAGAACGUCAGCAACAAUGACAAAAUCCGCAUCAUCUUGCUCUACAUCAUCAGCAAGAAUGGGAUAUCUGACGAGAACUUGACUAAACUCAUUCAGCACGCUCAAGUCCAGGAGGAGAAGCAGACGAUCGUGAACAUGGCAAAUCUUGGUUGCAAUAUUGUUAUUGAUGGAAAUCGCAAGAAAAUCUGGCAGCCAACAAAAAAGGAGCGAAUCACAGAGCAGACUUAUCAGAUGUCCCGCUGGACUCCUAUCAUUAAAGAUCUCAUGGAAGACAGUAUUGAAGACAAGUUGGAUGUCAAGCACUUCCCCUACCUUGCUGGCCGUGCCGGUGGAAACACAGGCUACCACGCACCUUCCAGUGCCCGCUACGGCCAUUGGCACAAGGACAAGAGCCAGCAGACGGUCAAGAAUGUCCCUCGACUACUUGUGUUCGUAAUGGGUGGAAUCAGUUUCUCAGAAAUGCGCUGUGCUUAUGAGGUCACUCAGAGUACGAAGAAUUGGGAAGUGAUUAUUGGUUCAACCAAUAUUAUGACACCAAGUGGAUUCCUGACUAGUCUGCGAGAGUUGAGCAACUAAACGCAAGUACCAAGUCAGUUGCCAAGAUUCAAACAUCCCUGGGGGCAGAGCCAUUUAACGUCUGUAAACACGAGUAAAAGAGAAACAUGAAACUUUUGCCUUGAUUAGGUGUUACUAGGUAGUGAUCAACCCAUGUGUUGGUAUUGCUUGCAGAAUAUUUUAUUGCCUUUAGAGUUUAUUAGCAACUUUGGAUUUUUAUCCCACCUCAAUGAAUGGGCUACUAGAAUUGAACAACUAGCCUUCAGUAUUUUUACCAAGCUUUCUUACUUUUUUCGAUGUUUUAAAAUAUCGUUUUUUUUUAAUUAAAUGCCCCUAACCUGUUGAUCCUGAUAGGUUUUGGAAUUCUAGUAGUCACAUUAUUGGCUCGUCUCGUUUGAAAAGAUGUUGCUAGAAAUUAGGAGGGGCUGGCCGUCGCUCAGUCCCCUCUGCUGUAGUAAAAUUAAAAACGAACGCAAUAACAUAAAUUAUAUUUAUUAGCUAUGAAAACGAAAAAUUAAAACUGUCAAUUUUUCUCUCAUAUUAUAUAAAAAAAUGAAUUGAGGAACUCUGAUAUGAUGAUGCAACCAAUACUUUGCAUGAGUUAAUGCAUGAUACACACAACAUAGUUAAACAUGAAACUAGUCACUCUGAUACGGAGAACAACAUGUAUGUUAUCAUUACCUAUUUAAAGUUUGAGAUGAAUAUAGGAAUACAAUGAGUUGAACAAUAACAUUCAAGAUGCAUAAGCUUUAAUUAUGAUUAUUUCUAGCUUCACACAUCCAAGACUCUCAAAGGCCCUGCAGGAAGUUAAACUUCUCUUGAGCAUUUCCAAUAUUCCCCCGAUUCUUGAGACAUAGAAUUCAAAAAAGGUUGAAAUGGUUAAUAGUUUAUUGAUACGUUAUAUUGAAAAGUAAACUGAAGGGCUUUCUACCUUGAAUUAAACCCUAUUCAAAUUUUAUUAUAUUGUUUUUCGCUUUGUAUUUGUUGCUGUCCAGAGGGCCUUUUAGAACAUUUAAGGCUGCGCCAAAAAAUAUUAUAGCAAAAAGAUGCGCCUUCCAUUGUCAAGCAUUUAUUUGCUUCUAUUUUAUUCUGAAAAAAAUCAGUCCUCCCACGCUGAAAAAUUCUUGGAUGUGCUUCUCUCCUCAAUGAAUGUGUAGAGUAGCAUAAUUUUAAAGACACUACAAACGAUUUAUGUAUUCAUUUUAGGCCUUCAUGUUGAGGCAUUUACAUUAGAAUUGUGACGUGCUGUACUACCGUUUCAACUUCUACUUUAUCAUACAAGAUGAAAAUAAUUCAUCUCAACCAUUCAAGAAAAAUAAUGAAUAAACACACGCAUUAUUGUAGAGAUAAUUACACAGAAAAGUAAGUCAAACCCUUCUUGUAUUAUACUUAAUAUAAUAUAGAGGAUUUUUAAAAAUACACACUUCUCUAUUCCAGGCAGAUUCAUUAAUUCAUCAUAUUAUCAUAGCUAUCACUAUAUUGUUUCACCUUGAACACCGAAUAUAUUUUUAGUACACGAUUGUCCUGCGUCUCAUGUGCAAUAGAAAAUUUUUAAAAUAAAAACACAUCGCACGGUUGAAAAAGUUGCAAAUCCGUGUUUGUGCGGCCAGUACGUUUGAUUGCUGAUUGUGUAUCGACUGAGGUUAGGUUACGGUUGUGUUACGUUUUUGUGUUAAGUAAAGACGCAUUGUUCGCAAUGUUGUAAAUGAUCAACUAAAGUGCUGUCUUGCGUAGUGCUGUAAAUUUUGUGAUGAAUCUAUGAAAAUGAUUUAUUCAAAGAUAACACCGGAACCGCAAAAUUCAUUCGUUGAAUUCCAAACACUAGGUUAUAGCUGUUGCUACUAUGAGAUCAAUUUUAGAAUCAAAGCAUUAUGAAGUUUGCUGGUUGAUACAAAGGCAACUAACAGGCAAGUAACAACUAAAAUUACAUUAAAGUUGUUAGGUGUCCCUGUGCCAAUGGACACCAUUCAAAAUUAAUGUGUGUAUUCAAAAAUAAAAGUUUCACCUUGUAAAGAA